UCGUGCGCUUCUGAUUCAGUGGAAUUGCUGUCGCUGACCUGCCCAUUUUAUAUUGCGCAUAAAUAUAGCGCGCUACUAAGCCGAAGGUUUCCGUGUCUGUAUCAACCAUUUUUUUGUCGUUAUACAUAUGACGAACGGCGGGAAAGAGUGAACCGUUAACCGCAUGCACACACCCGGCGUCUCCUUGACAAAUUAUUUGCUUCGUAUUACGUUGCCGAAGACGUGACACGGUGUUGAAAGUGUUCCUCCAAUACCGAGAAGGUGUCGGGCGCGCGUUCAGGUCGAGAACCCGGGUUUGAAAAGCUGUUUUCAAAGCGAAUCGGACUCUUCGCAGCGCGAGCUCGACGAGCAGCCGACAGGUGCAGGCUGAUCGGUUGGUCGCGCCAGGCGCUCUCCAUCGCCCAAAGAAGCGAGGAGGAAACGAGAGAGGGCAGAGAAGGAGGAGUCGCACGCAGACUUGGGAGCAGCAGCUACGGCGGAUGGGCGACGAGGCGGCGGCAGCGAGCAGCUGAGGCGAGAUCACUGGGCUAAGUUCGUAACAUGAGAUCGGGCCGCUAAAAUUAGCACCACUUUUCGGUGAUGACGUCGUCGUCCGCAGCGUCCCUUCCGCAGCCCAGCGCCGGAGAGCCAUCGGCAGCAGCCGGCGGCCGCACACCGCUCAUUCCUUUCGGCGUCCGUGCCCGUGACAGCGUGCUCGCUGUCCACCGCAACGCGUUCCGCAUAAUCGGGCGGCGGUGGUAGCAGGCGCUACACGUGCGCUACUCGGUGACGACCACAUGCCCGAACGUCCCGUCUCGAGUGUCCGACGACCGGCAAUCUCCGCAUCCUCCCGCGUGUGUCUGCUGCUUCAGCAUCCGGACGAGUCGUCGACGCGCCUCCGGCGACAGCGGUGCUAGCGGUGUGCGCUGGGUAGUGCCCGAUGUCGCGCGCUACGCGCUGAUUCCACAGCGGCGCGGAUACGACGAGUGACAGCGACGUGGUGUGCCUUGUCGACGUUGCGAAGACACACGCAGCACCACCACCAUGGUGGUCCAGCAGGACGUCGAACCGCCGCCCGCGGCGGCCGAGGAGAAAGGCGAGAAGAAGCACAAGUUGAAGCAGCGCUUCCAGGUGAUUCGGAAGCUGGGACAGGGGACUUAUGGCAAGGUGCAACUGGCCAUUAACCGGGCGACAAACCAGGAGGUGGCGAUCAAGACCAUCAAGAAGUCCAAAAUAGAGACGGAACAGGACUCUCUGCGGAUCAGGAGGGAGAUCCAGAUCAUGUCCUCCAUACAGCACCCUUACAUCAUCCACAUAUACGAAGUAUUCGAGAACAAGGACAAGAUCGUGCUGGUGAUGCAGUACGCCAGCGGGGGCGAGCUGUACGACUACGUCAGCGAACGCAAAGAGCUCACCUCCGAGGAGGCACGCCGAAUAUUCCGCCAGGUGGCGUCUGCAGUCUACUACUGCCACAAGAACAAGAUCUGCCACCGCGACCUGAAGCUCGAGAACAUCCUGCUGGACGAGAAAGGCAACGCGAAGAUCGCCGACUUCGGCCUGUCCAACGUCUACGACGAGCGGCACUUUCUCAGCACCUUCUGCGGAUCCCCGCUCUACGCGUCGCCAGAGAUCGUCAAGGGAACGCCCUACUACGGACCCGAGGUGGACUGCUGGAGCCUGGGCGUCCUCCUCUACACGCUGGUGUACGGCGCCAUGCCCUUCGACGGCAGCAACUUCAAGCGGCUCGUGCGUCAGAUCUCCGAGGCGGACUACUACGAACCGAAGCGGAAGUCUGACGCGUCGGGGCUGAUCCGUCGCCUCCUGACCGUGGACCCCGCCAAGCGAGCGACGGUCAUCGACAUAUGCCAGGACCGCUGGGUCAACCAGGGCUUCGACCAUUCCUUGCUGCAGCUCGCCGAAGACAUGUCCAACCUGACGCCCGUGCGGCUCGACCUGCUGCUGGCGCUGGCGCCGGCCUCGCCGACGCCCGAAGAAGCGGCAUUCGACAAGGCGGCGAACCCGCCGGACGGCGCAGAGAAGAGCGACAGCUUCGACUUCCAGCCGGCGGUGGUGGCGGCGGCCGAACAAGAGGAGGCGCUCAAGAACGACGACUCGGCCGACUUCAUACCGGCCGCGCUGGCGGCCGAGCUCGAGAGCCAGAACAUCAAGCGCCAGUGUUCCACCGACGGCGGCAGCCUGAUGAGGAUGUCGAGCGUCUCCCACAAGAACAAGAAGGUGCGCACGUCCGACUCCUCGAGGAGGUCCAGCGUCGGGCUCCUGGGGGGACCGUUCGUGCACGACGACGAGGAGUUCGACGACGAGCAGCCGCAGAAACCGCCCGCCGAGAGCGAGGUUCGAGACGAAUCCGGCGCGAAGGAGAACGACGACGCAGCGGCGCCGACUCGACAGGAUGACGGGGGCGUCCAGGAAGCCACGGAAGCCCCCGAAAGCGCGGAGAGACCGAUGGAGCAGGGAGAGGCGAUUGCCAACAGCGAAGUGGCCCCGAAACAGGAGGAACAGCCGCCCCGGAAGGACGAAGCGGACAAACCAGCCGCGCAGGCCGACGCGGCCCCCAAGGACGUGACGACGCCGGCGGAAGCGAUCGCCGUUGCCGCCCCUGCUGGGACAGCCGAGACCGCCGCCGAGGAGCAGCCGCCGUCGGUGGCGCCGGUGCUGGCGCGACGAGGCUCGGGGGUGCGCUGCCCCGGCAAGAUAGUCAUUCCAAAGUGCCUGAGCUCGCAGGCGUCGCCGGCGACGAAUUCGGCGUCUCCAAAGUUCAAGGACACCAAGAAACCGCCACUCCCGCAGACGCCGAAGUCGGCUGCCGUAGAACCGCCCAGUCUCGUUACUACGGAACCGACUGCCGCAGCGGCGGAAGAGUCCGCCGCACCGGAGAAAGUGGGACACAAGAGAGUCAUUCCCGUGCCUAAACGGCCCAAGAGUAAGAGUCCGCUCAGCGCCAGCCCCAGGGAAAGGGAGGACAUCGCGUUCCCCGCAGCGGCGAGCGAAGCUCAGUCCGACAAGUCGCCGACCGUGGUGAGGAAGCGGGACGCGGCAGCCUCGAGGGGCAUCCUGCGCAGGAGCGCGUCCAAGCCGCAACGCGAGCUGUCCACGGAAGAGGGCAGCAAGGAACCGGAAGUAGACAACGUUCUCCAGAGCACGGCGGAGAUCACACUCAGUAACCGGAAGAAAGCCGAGCAAGAGCAGAAGCAGUCUUCGGCCCUGUGGGACAACGCGACUCCGGGCACGCCGGAAGAGGAAAUUCCCGAACCGGACGGCCCGCCGAGAAGACCGUCUCCCGAAGGUUCCUCCGCGGACGAGCACGCCAGGCUGGCCGCGGACUCGCCCGUGCGCAGCUACAAGAAGUUCACGUUCGGCAAGGACGGCACGUGCAUCACGGAGAGUGGCCGCGUCUACGCGCAGCCAAAGUCGGACGGCUCGUGGACGACCGUGGAGAAGAAGACCAAGAUCACGCGCAGGCCGAGCAACGCGACCAGCGUGGACGAAGAGGUGGUGCGCACUCCGGGCCCGCCGCCCAAGGACGAACUGACGGUGCCGCGAUCGGCCAGCGGCAGCUCGUCCGAGUCGACCGACAUCUUCAACGACAUGUUCCCCGACUGGCGCACCUCGAGUCCGUUCGGUAACCUCAUGCGAAUGAAGAGCUCGAUCAAGAAGCUGAACAAGGGCUCCCUGUUCCGCGGCGCGGACCCGUUCACCGGCAUGGAGACGUUCCGACGAGAGCGGACGCCCGAGAAGCGGGCCCGCGAGUGGGGCAGACGCGGCGGCGGUCAGGUGACGACGUCGACCGACAGGGACUCCUCGGACGAAGACGACUUCGACCUGCACUUCGACAACUCGCACCCGCAAGCUCUGUUCCAGUUCAUGCGCAACAUGAGCCGCGAUUUCCGCAACCACUGGAAGAGCUUCCUGCCCGCAUCCACCUCGCCAUUCUCGAGGUCCGCCAAGGAGCCGUCGUCGCAGUCCUCUCGACCCCAGAGGGAGACCCUGCUUCGGUUUGUGGUCGACAAGCCGUCGAAAGCGACCGGUAGCGAGCCCGGAACGCCGCACACCCGCGCCAUGGGCGGAGAUCCCUUCUCCAAGCGGUCGUCGGGAGUCUGGGACCCCGUCGACAGGGCGUCGCUCUUUGGCACGCUGCGCAGAAACAGGCUUCAGGACCUGCCCGGACGUCACCACGGCGACCGCGGCACGUCGCUGGACCGCGGCGCUGGCAACCCCGACUUCUGGGGCGUCCACCAGGACCCGGAAGGAACGCGACACCGAGUCGAGAAGUGGCUGCACCUGUCCAACGACAACGCCGACCCGCAGCAGUCGCGUGGCGACGAAGGCGCUCCGCGGUGCCAACAGAAGUACAACCGCUCGCAGAGCGACAAGUUCAACCUGGGCGAGCAGAGCCGACCCGUCUACCAGAGCGAGAUCAGCGUGGAGAGCAACAGGACGGCGCCUCCGGGCGCGCCCUGCAGCCGCUCCCUGAGUGUCAACGAGCGCGGCGGCGGCCGCAGGCCCCUGGUCCGGAUGCAGGUGUCCAUCAACAACCGGAGCAGCAACCCGAACGCGCACAUCGUCAUCACCACGCCGCCGACCACGGCGCGCACCGAGUGCGGGCUCUGGCCGCAGGACGAGCGCCGAGACGAGGGCGACUCUCCGGGCGCCGACUCGUCGCUGCUGGAAGCGCUGCAGACGCGCGGACUCCGAAGCCUGCUGUCGCAGCGCAGCGGCUCCCUGGCGCGCGAAGUGAGCCCGAGGCGGGGCGGCGGCGAGCCCCCGGACCGCCCAGCGCAGGCCGAGCGAGGUAAGCCUGCGGCCGGAUCGAGCCUUGCCCCGCCCGAGACACCUGCAUGCUGCAUGGACACUAACUCUGCUAAGGAGCCCGCGCCGCCCAGCACGCAACAGCGGCCCAAAAUCAUCCCCAUUUCGGUAGAGCGGAGGACGAGCGACGCCAGCGUGCCCAGCCCCGGAUCGCGCAGUCCGGGAGAAGAGAGCGUCCAGGAGCGGAUCCAUCGGAAAAGCUUCUACCCGCGCUUCCACGAUGACCCCAGGGCGGCCGCCAGGCGCCGCUCCGCGCUGUGGGACACCGAGUACUCGGGCCUCUGGAGCCAGGAGCUCAGGGACCGGGACGACGCCGCGCUCCUGAGGAAGUCUCGAAGCCUGUGGGACAACCACGUCCGAGAGCCUAGAAGCCGGUCUGUCGCCAGAACCGCGGGGGCCGCCCCGUUGUCGGUUGCGCCCCAGCAAGCUAGCCGACACGGCCACUUGUGGGACCUCAGCUUCGACGACGACGCGGGCAUUCCGGGCUCCAGCGGAAACGGCAGCAACCACCGCUGCAACAGGAUGGAGUCCAAGGACUUUGAUAGCCUCGAAAGUGAUGGGCCUCCGUCCUAGGAACUUGAGCAUGGCGUGUGUGUUAAUUUAAUUGGUGGGAGCUGCUCCCGCAUAGUGUCGCAUGGCGUUGCGUGGCGCACAAGGCAAUGCAAGCUGCUCACAGAAGCGCUAGUCUUUCUGUUUUUUUUUCUUCCCUGCUCUCCUAUUGGCCCGACAUUCGGUCUAUGCACUCAGUUUUCAGCAUACUGUGGCUGGGAACCAAUGGUGGACCAUGUAAUGGCCGCUAGCUGCUGUGACUGGAGCUCAAUGCACCAGGUCCAAGAGGGCUCUCUUAACCUUAGGGAAAGCGAACAAAAUAGUUGUGUUUUUGUACCAAAGCAAUGUGUGAGUGCGAAGAGCGACGCAUUUAGAGCUUGCACCUAGCAGUUAAGUAUCGCACCAGGGUGAAUCUGUGCUCGCAGACUCCGUGUCAUAAUAUGCUGAUGUGGCGUGCACUGUUGGUACGCCCUAACACAGUCAUGUUCUUUUUUUUUUCAAUCAGUGGCAUGCUGGUCAUUUAUGAGAAAUAUUUCAUACGAAUGGCAUUCUGCACUGGCUCGGAUAUGUGAGCAGAAAAACUUUUGUACUUUGAUAUCAAAAUGCUUCAUUUCUGCCAUCAACAAAGUUGUCAUAAUGUGGCGUUCAGCAACACAACGAUCAUGUUUUUUUUUAAUGAGCGAUAAUGCACAUCGUUGCAGUGCUGUCUUGCAGUGUGCAAGCUUUGUUAGGUUAUGCACUAUUGUUAAUUUGCGCAGAAGCGAACAUCCACUUACAUUGCAUACAUAUCUGCUUUUUUGCCCGCAAUGUUUGUAAUGCUCAAGCUCUCAUGUCAGUCACGGAGUCCCUAAAUGCUUAUCUGAUUUGUAGCUUCAAGCUCAUUUAUACCCAUUUUGGGCUUUGCACCUCUUGUGCAGAUUUCUUUCGCAUGAGUUUUCAUAAGCAUGUCGAAAUUAGAGCGCAUAAUUUAUAAUUUUCUUUUGGACCAUUUUCGAGAAGACUCUUCAGAAAUUUAGGCUUCAGCAUCAAUUGGAAAUAUUUGGGGAAAAGCAGUGUUGUGUUAUGUUAAGUACAGAUAGUAUUUAACACAUCUAUCACUAGGAGCUCUUAUGAAGGUGACUAGUGUUAAAUAUUUAUGCACCUUUGGCAAAGUCCUCAACAUUUUUAAGGGCGAGCAGUAUAGGAAAUGCAUGAUGCGUCAUAACUCAAUCAUGCUUUCAAAUUGCGAGUUCGGACUUCAGACUUUUGCUGUCUAGAUAAUAAACGAGACGAUUGGCCUUCAUAGUACUUUGUAAUAUGAAAAUACAUUUGAGUUUACCACAGUAUACAGCAGGCAACUCUAGCUAGUGAACAGGUCCAGCUACGAUAUAAUGACGUCGUUCUUGGAACGAGAAACUUCGUUAAAUGGCGAAUUUCCUUACUUGGAAUUUUCCGCGCAUCAUCGGUAAAGAAUUCUCGUAGGUUCUUAGAACAGACGUGGUUGAUAUCGUCUUGUUAGUGGACAUUUAUGAACCGAAUCCCGAAUAAAUUCGACACAAAAAGCUUCGGGCAGAAGGCGCCUACGUAGCCGCCGUCAGGUGGCGACAGCGUGUACGUGUGUCAGUGUCACGACCCGCCAACGCUGUUCUACGUCAUUCAUGGAGGAAAUGAAAAGCCGGGAGGGAGCGUUACGUGAUAAAAUUGGAAGCCAUAAAGAAGCAGGCACAGAACGUGAUCAUGUCGCGGUAUUUUUUAGUGUCUUCCAGCGCCGCGCUCUACCGAGAAGACAACGGGUGCAGCAGCAACGUGUGGUUGCCGCUCUACCACUUCUGAAAUUUUGUUUGCAAUCAUUUAAAUAUUUUUUUUUCUUAUUUUAUGUUGAACUACCCGGCUCUUGGUCAAUCCCCAGAGUGGGUAGUUGCCACUAACGCGUCGUCUCUACAUCUGCCGUACGUUCCAACAAAUAUAUGAUAAAUGCGUACGUUGCAUCGAAUGAGCGAAGUUGCACGAGCGUGCCGAAAGAAAAUAUCCACAGAGCGAGUGGCAAAGAACACCUCGAACCAGAGCGCAUCGACUAAAACCUACCGGGAACCAACUAUACACUAGACCAAGUUCGCCAAGCGCAUGCAGCGUUGUGUGUUGGGCUCAACUUCUGGACGCAUAUGAGAGAGAAAAAGUGAUGGGGACGGCUUGGUACGAAGAGUUGGCUCGGAAAGGCUGGCACCGGGACGUCAUACCUUUUUCUAGAUUCCUUCCUUCCUCCGUGCUAUCAUUGAUUUGUAUUCCUUUAUUUUAAUGGCAUAUUGAUUUGCGAGGCCAAUAUUUACUGAAGGGCUCGAUUUUAUGAGCAUGCCAUUCGAAAUGGAUUAGCGUAGGGGGAUUCAAGCUCGUUAUGUUUAUCGUUCCGGCCCUUAAGACCCGUGGUUCGUGUUAAUGACGUAACUUUAAACGUAUUGCCCUAAAGACCAACGCUAUUCUUCCAUUCUAUUCUUUCAUUCUAUACCUCUCCGCCACGAAUCUUCCAGCCAUCUUUUACUUUCAGCCCGAGCAGAUACAUCCACGUUUCCUCGAUUAUAUGCAAAGCCCAAGGUCGGGUAACUGCUUCCUCAUUUACCUUUGAAUGAAUAACGCACCAUAGUUCUUGGCAAGACCGAGACAACGUGACCGUUCCGAUUUCGUCAUAGCCGAGGCGCUCAAAGUUCACUCCUGCUUGAGGUACUCCUGUUCCGACCGUCCGCUGACGCGUUUGGCUGUUGAGCACUCUAGAAUCGCACAUCGCGGGUUAAGAGCACAUCCGACAGCACAAAUGGCGCUCGCCAAGCUCCGUUUUCGUGCACAGGCAGGGCAGGUGGCCACAUCGGCGCUUUCCGUCAUUAUUCCGUCCUGCGCCCGAAGGCCGGUGUUUUUUGGCCAUCACCGGUGCCGUUUACACGUGAACGCGGGCGAGCGAAUUCUGUCGGACGACUUUUUCUUUCUUACUUAUCACCUAGGCCUCACGCGCAUGUAUGCGUAUCCGUUAAAUCGAAAUUGUGGAACCAAAUGCGCUUAAUCUCGGGAACAAAAAAAUUAUGCGGUUUCGACUAAACUAACGUCGGGAAACAAAAAAAGGUUCGUUAUAUAGCGGAUUUCGUUAAAUCGAGAUUCGACUGCAGCGCCGAUGUAAAGCGGGAGACAUCACUCUUUUCUCAUUGAAAAAAGAAAGCGCGAAUAUCUUCGAGACGACUCAGCUGGGGCUGGCAUCCUCACGCCAGCGGAUGAGUGAAACAGCUGAUCAUUGCAAUAAAUGUCCUGCCGACUUUAGUAGUUGAACAUAGCAUCACCAGAUGCUCUCACUAAUUGCAGAUGCACACAACAAGUGUACACUUAUACCUGCCAUGUUCGCUAUGCGAGCUCUGUUAUAUAACUAAAAUUUACAGUUGACAAUAAUGGGGAGGUUUCACGGCCUCUCCUGACCCCGCCCCAGGAGAUCUGGGGCGCCCCCUAGGGGACGAUGCAUGCCAUGGUUUGGGAAACGCUAGCAUACGUAAAUCAUCAGCCAAUCAAGCAACCUUGUCGUGAAGGAUUACAUCCAGAUGAGAUUGGCAUUACUUCAAGGUUCUCUUUGCCAUGUUGAAUGUUGAUGUAUUUGCAGCUGUGGUGACCAGCAGCCGUUCUUGCGCUGUUCUGGUACAAGAAAUAUUGUGCAACUCCCUAACCUGUUCACUGUUAUCUCUUGUUUUUAUAACAGAUAUUUUUUUAUUAAUAUACAACACCUGCAUGGAAAAUGACGCUUUUUUGAUGAGCUGAUGUUAUUUAAAGAAAACUGUCCUGUGCAUUGUGAAUGAGCUUUCUUUGUUAGCGCUUACCAUGACAAUGUUGUUUCACUUAAUGACUGUUAGAAAUAUGUCUUGACAAAUGAAAUUUAAAAGAAAAGCUUAUAUGCCUCCUGCAGAGGCGUUUCUACUACCUUCUAUUUUCUCCAGAAAAUAAAGGUUUCUGAGUGGACAAAUGCUAUGAGAAAAAUCUUCGCUUUACUCAGCUUGAAGCAAGAAGGGUGUUCGAGAACAUGCACUUGGACCUUACAUUGAAAUAUAACAAUUCCAGCUAGGCAACCAAAAUGCUCAGAACCCGUUAUAUGUGACAUAUCAAAGCUUUACAACUGUUAAUGUUACUUGUUUGUCCUGAUCAUCAAUGUAAAACAUUGUCGAAUCAGUGUGUGACAAUCAGAUUGUCGUUUAUAAUGCAUGUUCUAAACUUUCCUUGUGUUGAAGCUGUUAGAUGACUGUGCAAUGCCGAAUUGCUAUAAGAAGAUAGUUUUUUUUUCUGCUGCUUACAAAUGAGAAUUCCAUGUUAACUCUCUUCCAUAACUGUCCGAAGUGCAAAUGAAGGUGCUGUGAAUUGUGUGAGAAACGUUCUUCGCAAUGAGUCUGAAGUAUUUGCUCGUAAAGUUAGCUUUUAAAACAGGGCAUUUUGUAAACAUGUGACUUGACAGUACUCUUCUUUGUGUACAGAUGCUUUCUGUGAACUUUUUGCAUCUGAAAUGGGAAUACUGAAAUGGUUAUCAACAACAACAACAAAAAAGGCAGCGCCAUCGCUCAAACUAAAGAUUCCUCUGUUGCUGUUGAAAAAUAUGUCACACUGUCGUAAUGCAUCUUGAGAUUACUGCUGUAUUACCUAUGGUGACCAAACAAUAUCUUGUAUUUUGGCUCCUGUACCCUUUUGUGAAAGCAUUUCGAGAUCCCCGAAUAGGAGCAUCAGCACGAAGCUCUUUAUAGUGCAGAUUGUUCUUACUCCAGUAUCCCUUACGCUUAUAAUUUAUUUUGUGUUAGAGAAGACUCUUUUCCUUGUUGCAAUAUUGAAAGCUGGUAAAGAUAUUGUCGCUAAGAAGCCCAGAGUUGAACACUAAGAAUGGGCAUGGUGCUACGUGAAACAUGUUGAGGAAGUGUCUCUGUUCUUUUCUUGUUCAAACAAUUAUUAUUUUUGUUUGUUUGCCUUGCCUUAGCUUCCAUACACUAUAGUUCUAGUCAGAAAGCUGGAAUGUGAAAGGCAGCUUCAACAAGUUGCCACUGCACAUUACCGAAGCUAAGUUGCCCAGAUGCUUUUUAUUGUUAUUAUUAUUAGAGGUAACAACUACCCGCAUAAGAGAAACGUUGCGAUGGUUGUUGAAAAUGUGCUGCUUUAAUGCGGCUGAACACAAGCGAAGAUGUGGAGUGAUCCGUCCGUGCGAAAGUGUGCAGCCACUUACAGAAUGCGGUGUCGGUUGUGUUGUUGUUUCCCAGUGACAAUAAACAAAGAGAUGACAAGUA